AUGGGGCGUCUCAACGAGUACCAGGUUAUCGGGCGUCACCUGCCCACCGAGGCCAACCCCACGCCCAAGCUGUACCGCAUGCGCAUCUUCGCGCCCAACACCGUUGUGGCCAAGUCGCGGUUCUGGUACUUCCUCACCCAGCUCAGGAAGGUCAAGAAGGCCAAUGGCGAGAUCGUUAGCCUGAACGUGAUCAAUGAGAAGCGCCCUCUCAAGGUCAAGAACUUCGGUAUCUGGCUCCGCUAUGACUCUCGCUCCGGCACCCACAACAUGUACAAGGAGUUCCGCGAGAUGAGCCGGGCCGAGGCCGUUGAGUCCCUCUACCAGGACAUGGCUGCUCGUCACCGUGCCCGUUUCGGCUCUAUCCACAUCCUCAAGGUCGUUGAAAUCGACAGCGCAGACUCUAUCCGCCGUCCUUACAUCAAGCAACUCCUUUCCAAGAACCUCAAAUUCCCUCUUCCCCACCGCGCCGCCAAGAACAAGAGGAUCUACGCCUACUCGAGGCCUUCUACCUUUGCAUAA